AUGAGGAUAGUAUGUAUUGGUUGUGCUCCAACAACAUUAGGCUUUGCCUAUCGUUUAAAUGAAAUCAUAAAAGAAGGAAUUGAAGAUGUUGAGGAUAUUGAAUUAAUUGUCUUAGAGAAGGAAAUGAAACCUGGGGGGCUUUCUGGAACGAUUCGAGAUGAACAUGGAUUUCUUUGGGAUAUGGGUGGACAUAUUACAUUUUCACAUAAUUUUCCUUAUUAUGAAAAAGCAACAAAAGAAGCAAUAAAUGAAUGGAAUAAUUUAGAACGUAAUUGUAUGGUUGACUUAAAUUAUUUAUACGGAGAACCUGGUAUUAAUCUCGUUCCAUAUCCAGCUCAAUUUGCUGUCCCUUUAUUCCCUGAAGAAACAAAAAGGAAAUGUUUGUCAGAAUUGAAGCAACGAUAUGAAGAUCAAAAUAUCAGUCAAUCAUCCCCCACUGAUUUUGAAAGUUGGGUUCUCCAUCACUUUGGUCCUUCAAUCCUUGAGAUUUUCUUCAAGCCGUAUACAAAGAAAGUUUGGACUGUGGAUACUUCCAAAAUGUCAUGUUCGUGGGUCGGAACUAGAGUUGCUAAGUUACCACAGGAAAAACUUGAAGAAUUAUGUGAAAUGGGAAAGGAAGAAUUAAAAAAGGCAGAUUUUGGUUGGGGACCAAAUACUCAUUUUACUUUCCCCAAAUAUGGCGGUACAGGUGCUGUUUGGGAAAAGAUGGAACAACUGUUGCCUUCAAAGUGGUUCAAAUAUGGUACUAAAGUGAUCAAAAUUGAUUACAACAAGAAAAGGCUAGUAUAUACAAAUUCUGAAGGAAGAGAACAUCGUCUUAGCUAUGAUAUUUUAAUUAAUUCUGGACCGAUAGAUUUACUUGUUGAACAGACAAAAAUAUGUACUCCCUUACAAUUAAAGCAUAAUAAGGUAAUUAUUGUUGGUGUUGGGUUAGAGUUGCCAUUUACUGAAUUUUGCCAGAAAUUUACUUGGUUAUAUUUCCCUGAUCCAAAAGUUCCUUUUUAUCGAGUUACUUUCUUUUCGCGUUAUGGAGAUGUUACUCCAGAUAGUAGCAAAUAUUGGUCUGUAAUGUGUGAUUGUGCAUUACCUUGUGAUGAUCCGGCAACAGAAGAGGAAAUUCGUGAUCAAGCUGUUGAAGGACUUAUAAGAAAAACUAUAAUUAAAAGAGAAAAAAUUGUUUCGAUUUUCUCAAUUACUUUACCUUAUGGUUAUCCUAUUCCAACAAUUCAAAGAGAUUCAGAACUUUCCCGUUGCCAUUCAAUUCUCGAAGAAUACCAAAUUUAUAGUCGAGGGCGUUUUGGAGGGUGGAAAUAUGAAGUUUCCAAUCAAGAUCAUUGUUUUAUUCAAGGAAAAGAAUUGUGUGAUAGACUUGUUCUCGGUGAAAAUGAAAAAUUAUAUAAAACACUUGUGCCAGAAAAGAGAGGAUAA